UGGAAGAGUUCAGAGAUUUAUACCUCGUGAACUUAGAAUUGCCCCGAGGCCCGAAACUGGAGUCGGUUGACAAAGGAAGUCCCAAGUCGCCACCGGGGAAGAAUACGAAAAGUGCAGAAAAAGGAGGUGGAACAACCCCUAUUGCCCGUUCUCCCACCGUGAGAGGCGAAGGUUCCUUCGCACCAACGAACAGAACUCGCCGGCAGUUUCCGAAUCCUGCUUAUUGGAGUUACACCGAUAGAGAAUACUAUCCUGAAGUGGGUCCCCAUCAGGGACGUUGCAUGGCAUGCAUUGAGGUAGCAUUGGCAGGUGCUCUGGCAAUCUUGAACUCCAAAAUGGCGAAUCGUGAUGCAGGGCUUCUCGCAGCACAACAGCUUCUGGACUGUGCCCCUGGGAACUCUUGCCAAGUUUCCUCCACAUAUUCUACGCUGAUGACUUACCUGAUGAAUGGGUACUUGUGUCCAGACAGGUGGUACCCCUACAGAGGAAUAACCCAGAGCUGCCGAGACCGAGCCGUUGAACGCAAGGGACUUGUGAAGGUUCAGAAUUAUCAGAUCCUUGAUAACAAUGACGAAACCGAAACCACUUUAAUCAGUAAAAUUCAACAGUCCCCAUUUCUUGUUUCGUUAAAGGGGGAAUAUCUGAUGCGCUACACCGGUCCGGAUCCCAUUGAAAAUUGUCCCAACGUAGACCCAAAUCAUACUGGUGUCCUCGUUGGCUAUGGCGAAAGCGACGACGAGGUCGAUUAUUAUCUUAUACGGAAUACCUGGGGCCCAGAUUAUGGAGUAUUAAACGGUCACGUAAGGGUUAAAAGGGGUACGUGCUCCACUCACUGGGCUUUAAUGGGUUUCAGAAUGACAUUACAUCCAGACCGACAAAAUGACAGGAAAUAGAUAUCAUUAUUUAUUUAUUGAGUAGAUUCGAUUUAAUGUGUUAAAAUUUUUAAAUUUAUUACGUCUAAUUUCUAAAAGAGAACAGAUAAUAUUUUUUAAUUUUUGUCUGAACCUAUGUACUAUACGAAAACAAUAUUGUAAAAACGAAUAGAUACAAUUCUUGAGACGGAUCCAGCAGGUUGGCAACAUUAUUUUCACAUUUCAACCUAUGGAAAUCAAUCGAUUUUCUGAGGGGCUUGAUUAUUAAUAUUGGAAGACACAGCUAUGGACAAAGGUGAACUAGGGAACGUGGCUCGAUUCUACUGGUUGAAACCAAUGACGAGGCUUGAAUGAUCGAUUAUUAUCGAUAUUUUUUCCAUUUGAAGCUGUAGUAUAUAAUCGAUUAUUAAGGUGCUCAUUGCGAACACCCUGUUCGUCGAUCCUUUUCCAUGGGUCUAAAUGGCAGAUCAAUCGAUUUAUCGCAAAGCACGCCACGCCACUGGUUGAAAUGGUUGGUUGUCAUAGACUUAGAGGAAACACGAUUGACUAAUGGUAGGGUUUCUCGUGGGUUGCCGUUAUAUAGUUUGUCUGUUACUUAUCUCCUUUGUCCAUUGCAAGCACCCGCUUCUCCCAAUAGAAUCGCUUCGAUACCCUUUUGUCCUCUUUGUCUAUUGUUCUGUCCGUCAAUUUCAAAAAUCGAUUUAAAAAGAAUCGAUUAUUCAGCGCAGGUUUGAAUGGAGAGAUGUGGAGAAAAGCCGGCCAAAUUCACCUCUGAAAAUUGUUUUACCACAGCUCAACUUUUUUCCUUAAAACUGUCGACAUUAAUAAGCAGUUAUGAAUCCCAAAGUUUAAGACUUCAAAAUUGAAAGUUUAAUUCCCUUUCUUUUUCCUAGUGCUCCCUUAAUUUAAGUAUCUUUCAUCCCCCAACACCCCUAAACUUAAUGUUGUGUUUCCUAUCGUCAUAAAAUACGCAGAGCCUAAUCCGACGGGUUGGGAACACUAGCUUUUCUGCAUUAAAACCUAUGUCGGACAAUCGAUUUGGUCGGAACACCUUGCAAUCUAGCCCCUUCCAAGAGUCGAUUUAUAUUCAUAGGUUUAAAAUGGAGAGAAAACAAUGUUCCCAAAUUGCUGGAUCCACGUGCUGGUUCACGUGCACGUGUGUUUUUUAUGAGCGGGAGGUUUGAAUUGCAAGAAACAUUAUAUAUGUCAAGAAAUAUUAAAUUUCCUACUAGGAGUCAAUUUCAGUAAGUUUCGUCGCGCGAACCUUGUUCAAUGUGAAAUUUAGGUUGAGGGGCAUGUAUCAGAAUGCCUAAUUUCGCACCAUGCCUAUUGGUACAUAGCAAACCUAAGUCCAAUGUAUAAUAUCAAGGAAUGACUUAAAAAAGUGACCAUUCGAAUUCGUUUUUUGUUUUGUAACCAGUGUUCGAAACUCACAGGCGCCAACGCGCCAAAUGCGCCUAAAAAAUCGGUCAUGGUGCCUAAAAAAUGCCAACGCCUCUGCGCCAACGUGGCCCCUAAAAAUUGCCCCUAGAGAUCUGAAUUUUCAUAUUAGGUGAUUAUUCGAAAUUUUCAGCACCACAAGUGAAAGCUUUCUCUAUUCUUCACGAUUUCAUCAUUUGUGCUUUUGUGUUCCCCAAGUUACAGCUACCUACUUAUUAGUCCUGUUACGAAAAACAUCUUGCGUCUAACUUUUCACUAAAUAC